AUGCGCCUCUUUAGCAAAUUUCACGCGGUCUGCGCCUUGGCUGUGUGCAGCAUUCUCCUGUCAGCCUCCUUUCUCGCCUCUCAGCAUUACUAUCGUCGGGUAGUCUUGACAAAAGAGCCUUCGUCGGAUUUCCGCGCCACGGCAUCUUUCGACCGUCGCCUAGUCGUCUUUGGUGACUCGUGGAGCGAUAACAAUGCAGCCGAGCUUCAGGGAUCUGUAUGGACGGACUGGCUUUGUAACUCGUUCUCAUGUCACCAUGAAAACUUAGCAGAGACAGCCAAGUCUCUGAGAGGAAACUACAUUGGCUCUGUGGUGGAUAACACGGAGCUGUCGGGUUCCUUACUCAACCUCUACAAGUCUCCAUUGGCGGAUCUGAAAGCUCAGGUCGCCAAUUGGAUUGCGGCGGAGACGGAAGCCACGAGAGAGAUGGAUGCGACUGCGGUUGGCAUGCGUCAGAAUCGCACCAUCGUGGUUGUAUCCUUUGGUGUAUGGGACCUGUGGAACGUAAUGGCAAAGACGUACGAGGACGCAUCCCAUGCAGUCGAUCGCAAUAUCAAAGUCAUUAUGGAGGAGCUGGAUUUGCUGGCCGAGACAUGGGGCAGCAAUGACCUCAAGAUCAUCCUGACAUUAGCACCAGAUGUAACCUUCCUGCCGGCCUAUAGAGCGCAGGGGCAGCCGCAGAUUACCAAGCACAAAGAUGCCGUGAGGAUCGCAGACUAUUGGAACGGAGAACUCCGCAAUAACGCCGAAGAUUGGUCGAACGGCACGAUUUAUUUGUUCGACACCAACUCUUUUCUGGCCGACCAGAUUCGCGACUGGCAACUCUUUGCCGCAGGGAUCGAGGAAGAGAGUGGAUUGGGGAAGAACGAGGAUCCCGGUUGGGAGAAUGUUGAAGACGCAUGCGUCCAAAGCAGCCAGCAAUGGAUGGUGACGUCAGGCGCGCAACAGUGCGACCGUCCAGAGAAAUUUUUGUUCUGGAACGACAUGCACCUUGGCCCCUCAGCGCAUAGACUUCUGGGCGCGGAAGUGUUCCAUGGAAUCGAAGAGAUGUGGCUCCGAUGA